AUGGUUCUUCUUCCGGAACAAGUCCUCGCCAUGCAUUUGCACAAACUUGCUCUGGUUACUGAAUCCAACCUUGGUACGAAGGUCGUGGAUGUUGUUUUAAGUGUUCCUUCCUACUAUACGGAUCGUGAACGUAAUGCAUUCCUCGACGCUGCGAGGAUAGCUGGACUAAAUUGUAUGAGGCUGGUGAACGAAACAACUGCAAUCGGCAUUGCCUACGGCUACCUUAAGAAGGACUUGCCAGCUGUAGGCCAGCCAUCCAGAAACGUCGCCUUUGUCAGUUUGGGAAAUUCGAACCUUCAGGUUGCCAUUGUUGCGUUCAACGCCGGUAAAAUGAGGGUCAUUUCAACCGCAUGGGAUCCCUGCCUAGGUGGUCGAGACUUCGACAUGUGUAUUUUUAGACACCUAGUCAAGGAGAUUGAGAAGAAGUACAACCUGAAGGUGAUGUCGAAUGCAAAAGCGUGUGUCCGGUUGCUUAAAAGUUGUGAGGGCUUAAAGAAAACCAUGAGUGCUAACUCUACUGAAAUCCCUAUCAAUGUGGAGUGUCUUAUGGAGGAUACUGAUAUUUCCUUGAAAAUGAAACGGGAGUUUUUUGAGGAAAUUUGCAGGCCUUUGCUCUUGAGGGUAAAGCAGACGAUGGAGAGGGCACUGGCCUUAUCAACUCUGAAACUGGGAGACCUUUACUCGGUCGAACUCGUUGGUGGUGGCACUCGUAUUCCCGCGGUGAAAACGUUGGUAAGGGAGGUAUUUGGGAUGGAAGGUAGUACAACUCUGAAUGCGGAUGAGGCGGUAGCACGUGGGUGUGCAUUACAGGCGGCUAUCUGCUCAUCUACACGCAGAUUUCGUGAAUUCUCCAUUGUUGAUGCCUGUCCUUACUCAAUUUCACUUCAUUGGAAACCUACAGACGGUGGAGUGGUAGUUGGUGACAGGGAUUCCAGUGAAAUCGUAAAGAACAACUCAUGUGAGAUCUUCAAGCAUCUGUCCAGCGUCCCUGCCUCAAAAAAACUCACAUUCUAUCGAAAGAGUGGUUUUGAUCUGACAGCUAGCUACUCCCAUCCGGAGGGAUUGCACAUCGGUGAUUCUCGGAUCGGAUCGUUUCUAAUUAAGGACAUUGUUCCCACUCCACCGGAUAAUUGUUGUCAGGUGAGGAUCGAGGCUCGCGUAAAUUCAAACGGCAUCUUCACGAUCUGCAACGCAUGUGUUUUGGAGCGGGUAGUAGAGAAAGUUGAGGUUGCAAUUGAGGACCCAAAACCAGAGGCUUCUACUGUUGCAAACGCCAUUGAAACUGACAUGGAAACUGAGACACAGCCGCCGAAAACGGAAGGUGGUGUAGAACAGCCACCCACAGGUGGUGCUGCAUCCGGUACAACUGAGACGGCUGUUGCUAAUCAAUCACCCUCACAACCUACGAGGAGGAUCGAGAAGAAGAUCGUUCUCCGUCCCCGUGAUGUUGCAGUCAAGGCGAUGACUUUCCAGCUACCCCACACCCAAAUGGAUGAGUUUGCCAACUUCCAAAAACUGGAGGAAAUUUGCAAUCCGAUAAUUUUGAAGCCAAAGCCGGCUCCUCCUCCACCACCACCGAAGCCUGCAUCUCCUGAGUCCGACAAAACUACUAGCUUUCCCGACGGUGGUGAGGCAUUUGAAUUGAAACCUGCUACUAUUGUUGUUACUGGUGAUAUUCAUGAAAUGGCGCUGUUGAAACGCAAAAUGAAAGAGAUUGAGAAAUUGCUGGGAGAAAAAGUCCUGGAACUGGACAGAGCAGAAGAACGAGUAGCAUCACUGAAGGCCGAGCAUAAGCGAAAUGUGUACGAGACUACGGAGGCGAAAGUGAAGCUUGAGACCGAGUUGACAAACAUGAAGAGUGAUCUUGCCAAAGCCCGCACUUUUGCCCAACGCGCAGAGCGAAUGGCCAUGCAAGCGAAUCAUGAGAAGGAGGCACAGGUUUGA